AUCAGGGGUAUUAGUGUGUGUGUGUCUUUUCCCCCCUCCUCCUGGCUGCAUCGCUGCUCCGCUAUCGGCCUCAGUGCCUCUAUCUCUUCAUCUGACUCCCCUCUAAUGACAGUCAGCAGGGCAGAUAGGCCGAUAUAUUUACCCUGGUGGUAGGAGAGGAAGAAAUCCACUGCCAAGCCCUGUCCAGGCACAGGCAGGCGUGGCUUGGAGGAAACCCCGGCCGAUUAGCCCCUCCCAGAUGGGGGCAUAUCUCUCUGCGCCGUCCCUGGCCCCCGCUCAGAGCUCUCAGAUAGAUGGGACCACAGCUCCCUGCAGGAGAGAGAGAGAGCGAGAGCGAGAGCGGGGAAGGAAACGCAGACAGGAGGAAGCUCAGAGAUACGAGGCGGCCAGCCUGUGUGCGCGUGUGCGUGUCUUUUUGUUUUCCCCUCACGCUCGUUUUCUCGCGGGGCCGUUGAUGAGGCAGGCUGGGAACGCUCCAUCCCACCUCAGCCCGGGGACCGGAGGAGGCGAGCGGUCCAGCUCGCGUGGCUUCGUUUUGCUGCUUUCGCACGCUGGGACUGUACCGUGAAGCAUUAUGACUCUUCUGGGCUCUGAACACUCCAUACUGAUACGAAGCAAGUUUAGAUCAGUCCUGCAGUUAAGACUUCAGCAGAGGAGGACACGAGAGCAGCUGGCAGACCAAGGCAUCAUGCCUCACCCGGCCUCAGACGGCUCCUCAGUGGAGGCCCGGCUGAGGCUGAAGCGAGCCCAGCUCGCUGAGGACCUGAACAGGAAGCUGGCCGUCAGACCGGGGCCGCUGGAGCUGAUGCAAAAGAAUAUCAUUCCCCUGAGCUCUGACGUCGUGAUGACAGUCAACCAUGGCAAGUUCCCCAAGCAGGAGGACUCGUACGCGUUCGAGGAGGACAGCAGCAGCGAGAGUCUGUCUCCGGAGCAGCACCACAGUGACGAGUCGCAGGGCUCCGCCUGCCCUUCGUCCGAGGCUGUCGGCAGCGCGCCCUCCUCCUCCUCCUCACCUGCCCUCACCAGCCCGCGGCAGAGUUCAGUCAGAGACCCACCUGACCAGAGCCAAGAAGACGGGCUGUCUGGUUCCGCUAACAGCCACGCUGCUCCUCCAGUACCUGUUCCUGCUAUUGUCAAGUCCAAGACAUCGGACAAGAACCGACACAAGAAGCCCAAAGAUGUGAAGCCCAAGGUGAAGAAGCUCAAGUACCACCAGUACAUUCCCCCGGACCAGAAGGCGGAGAAGUCCCCUCCGCCCAUGGACUCGGCCUACGCUCGCCUCCUGCAGCAGCAGCAGCUCUUCCUGCAGCUGCAGAUCCUGAGUCAGCAGAAACACGCUCACGCCUACUCGCAGACGCAGCCGCCGCCAUCAUCGCAGCAGCAGCAGCAGCACACAAACGCCACAGAGACUCCAGCUCAGGCUCAGCAGAGGCAGCCAGCGUUCAGCUACCAGCCUCACCCACCGGCCCAGAAGGGAGGCAGUGAACAGGUAUCGUCAUGCAGCUCCAGCGGUCCGUCCAGUGCAGCCAACAGCAACUCCUCCUCUCCGGUCAAGAACACGUAUCCAAACCAAAGUACCAUCUCACCGGUCAAGCCUGGGCCCCUGCCAGCCAAUCUGGAUGACCUAAAGGUGUCGGAGCUUCGGCAGCACCUGCGCAUGCGAGGCAUGCCGGUUUCCGGCACCAAGACCGCCCUGAUCGAGCGACUUCGGCCCUUCAGGGACUCCAACGCGGGCUCUUCGCCCUCCGGUUGCUCCGACAUCACCACAGUGACCUUCCCCGUCACGCCGACAAGGUCCCUGUCCUCCUACCAGUCGCCGUCCUCCUCCAGCGCCCUGUCCCAAGGAGGCUACUACCCCUACCCCAGCACCUCCUCCACCCCUCCCGUCUCCCCGGCCUCCUCCGAGCUGUCCCUCAGCGGCUCGCUCGCCGACAGCUUCAGCGAGGUGCCCAUGUCGUCGCCGACGCACUUCGCCCUGCAGCCGUCGCCGGCGCAGCUCGGCAUGGACGACGGCCUGGGAGGAGGCGGCAUGGCGGGAGCGGGCCAGAGGCCGGGGGAGGGGGGAGGCAUGGACGGCCUCGAGGCCGAAAAGGAUAAGAUGCUGGUGGAGAAGCAGAAGGUGAUCGAGGAGCUGAUGUGGAAGCUGCACCAGGAGCAGAGACAGGUUGAAGAGCUGAAGAUGCAGCUCCACAAGAGAAAGCGCUGCUACGGUGCGACGCAGGAAGGCCCGCCUCCUCCGCCUCACCCCUCCAUGCACGCCCAGCAGGCUCCCUCCGCCAUGGGCCACCACUUCUUCGGGGUGACCAUCAAGCAGGAGCCCAUGUCCUUGUCCUCCAGCUGCCCGCUGUCGUCCGCCAAGCAGCUAAAGACUCCUCCCGGCGGCUGCAUGGAGGACAUGCGACACUGCACCGCGGGGGGUCCCGGGGGACCGCAGUGCAUGGACACGGCCCCUUCCUCCGCCAGCCCCUCCGCCAUGUCUGCCUUUUUGAGUCCCCAGUGCUCGCCGCAGGACUCUCCCAAUGUGAAGCCUCCCAGCAGCCCCCGGCCGUCGUCUCCCAGCAACCCCUACCUGCUGUCGCCGCCGCUGGGGAGGGACGGCUGCGGACACCCCCACACACAGGACAGCAACAGGGCACAUACUAUGCAGAUCCAGCAGAAGGGCAGUGGGCAGCCGGUGAACUGCUCCUACCCCCCAGAACAACGAGGCCUUCAGGGAGUUUUUCCCAACCCGGCCGAGUGUGGCCUCAACCACGGCGCCUCAACCAAAGCCGAGACCCAGGUCGUGCAGCCCAAGAUGUCAGUAAUACCCUCUCCUCGGCAUGUUGGCCAAAAGUGCCAGGUCUCCCCCCCCGCCUUCCGUAGCUCAGAUUCAGAUGCAUCUGACUUAAGACAGCCCCCAUGCUAUGAGGAUGCAGUGAAGCAGCAGCUGAGCAGAAGUCAGCAGAUGGACGAGCUCCUGGAUGUGCUCAUAGAGAGUGGAGAGAUGCCAGCUAACGCCAGGGAAGAGAGGGAGAGGUCCUCUUUAACCAAAGUUGUGCCUCACCUUACUGUGUCCUCAGGGUGCCCCGGCCUCCUCAUCCCGAGGUUCCACCGCCACUACGAAUACCUGCCCCCCACCCAGCUGCCUUACGAGCCCUCGGCCAAUCACAUCCCCGAGAGUCACCUGGAGUCCCUCCUCGGAAGUCCACUUGGGCGCGGAGGGGAAGUGGCCCUGCUUAAAAUGGCAACCGAGGACGGGGCGACACGGGACAAACUCACCAACAGGGAUCUGAUGGACACUAACCUAUUGCCGAUCAACACCAAGAUGUCUGCCGUGCCGGAGGUGCAGGGGAUGGUCAGCAUGGCCUUCAGCGAGACGCCGUGGGAAACCAUGGAGUGGCUGGAGCUGACGCCGCCCAGCUCCGCCACGGCCUUUAGCAUCGCUCCGCCCAGUGGCCCCAGCAUCUUCAACACAGAGUUCCUGGAUGUCACUGACAUUAACUUGAACUCUGCAAUGGAUCUUCACCUGGAGCACUGGUGAAAGACGCCAGCGGAACCGGAGCUGAUUCGCAGCCGUGACCACGAGAGAACAAGUCUUCCAUUCAACACUUUAAUCCUGUCACAAUUAGCAUCUUGUUGUAAUACAAUAAGAUGUUUUAUUAACUCUAGAUCGUUUGCCUAAAACCAAAGUUUAACAUCAUAUCAGAAACCAGGUGCUUCUGACUGUUUGGACAAUGAUGCACAAAUGCAGUGAGCACAACAAGUGGACACGAAGAAUGAGCUAGAUAAUAGAAGGAGAUGAGUAAAGUGUUUCAUACCAACACUUUAUUAUGCAGUAUCAGUGUUACACCACCUAGACUUGAAAACACGUUUUGACAAUCAUCAUAUACUUUCUGAGUCUAUGUUUGUAUUACUGGAAAAAAAAAAGAGAGAAGACUUACUUUGUGAAUUGGAUUGCUGAGCACAGCCUUUUUGUAAAUAUCAUAGCUCCACUUAUUUGUAUGUGUAAAUAAACCAAAUCUCACCUGUGUGCACCUCUAGCUUUACACACACUUGUCACAGUUUGCUUGAGCUCACAAAAUAUUUACACGUCGAAGGGUUUUCAUUUCUUAUCAACAGUUUUUCUGUUUGGCUUAUUCAUCCUCAGGAUGAGGUGGCGAGAAAUUUAUUUGAAAACCAUUUAUUGCUUUAAUUGGACAAUCUGUGCCUUAACUGCAACAGUGUCUUACCACAGUAUUUUAUACUAGAUUCCCCUUUACAUUAAAAUAAUUUACAUUUAUAUUUAAAUCUCAAAAUUUAAGUCAGUCAUCUGUUUGCUACAAAAUCAAGUGUUACAAAAAACUACAUCAUAUUGUUUUGUUCUUUUAUAAAAUACUUUUAUUCUCCUAAAUUUCACCCUUUCUACCCAGGUAAAUUGUGUUAUUUAUUUUGUUGUUGCAUUUAUGCUUUAUCCUGUGUAUUUAUACUGACAUUCCUAUCUGAUGAAUUUGGGCUCUGUUUGAUUGACCAGAAUACUCUCGUGCUGCCACUUUGACCACGCGUGUCAUCGCUCUUCAAGUCUCUUAAGAAAUGUGACGCAACGUGAAGGAACCACUUCAAAAAGCCAUGCUCUCUCAAAAGAAGCCACACUUUGACUUAGAGUGGCAAAAGAAUCCAUUUUAGCACUUGUGAAUAGGAAAAUGUAAUAUAUAUUCUGAUCUGUACUGUGAAUAUUGCAUCUAGCGCGUCACAAACAUGCACCAGAGCCAGCUUAGGUACACAGUAGUUGACCAAAACAACUCCUUUUAAAGUUGUGCUUCAGGCGUCUGCUUCCACACAGAUAAAAGAAUAAAGGGAUAGUUUUUUAAUUACAGAAGCACAUUCAGUUGUCUGAGCUGAGGCUUUUUAUUUACUUAACACGCAAGAUGCUGGUUCUAUCUCUCAGCAAGAACGUGAAUGAGCAUUACUUCCCAAAAUGGAUAAUGUAUUAGAACUAUGUCCAUAAACUUUUGUUUUAAGCCCAUUGGCCAAUAAACCUCUGUCAUUUACAAUGUUUACAUCCUCUGUAAACACUGGUUUGUGUUGUUUGACCAAAUACUUAUAAACUUAUAGUUACUUAUGAAGUGUUGCACUUGUGAAAUGGAUGCUGUAGUUCUAUGCAGGUUAUAUGAAAUUACGACAGAGAUGCUUCUUUACUUCCUGCCCUGUGUUGUACAAACGUCUACUGAUCUUUUAUGAAUUUCAUUUGGGUUGCUUUUCCAAUAAUAUUCUUAUAUCAAGAAAAAAGUUCUACCUGACAGAAGCGUCCAUGUUGCUUGGCCUCUGACUUGCUUUUAUUUUGUAAAACAGUAUUUGCCUGCAUCAUCUAUAUACUACAGAACGAAGAGCAAUAAACGUAUCACAGCAAAAACA